AGCCCUAAUUCGAAUACAUGACGCAAUGUCUUCUUGUUUCUCUUCAGUCUCGCAUCUCUCAUGUUAACCUUCACUCACAAAUCACCGACAAAUUCCCGAUAUCUUCUCUAAUCUUAAUAACCAUUAACGUGUUGAAACCCUAAUUUCUAGUCUCAUACACAAAUUAAACCAUUCUGUUAACUUCAGUUAGCAGAACCAAACCCACCAAGUGUCUUGUGCAGUUAUGGACCAUCAUCAUCACUCAUUCUCCAACCCCUUCGAACGACGAACAUUCACCAACCCUAAAACCCUUUCGGUUAAGUGGUUCAAAGAAUGGGUGCCGCAAGAUGUAGUGACAACAGGCGGCAAGUGCUUGGUUUUGAAAUGGGUCACAGAGAGUCAACUGAAGGCCAUGAAAGAAAAGUCAAAAGAGGUAGAGGUCGACUUUGUAUCAUCCGAACCCGAACCAACAACCGAAGUUCUUUUCUUGUGUAGCUAUGAAGGGUGUGGAAAAACGUUUAUUGAUGCUGGGGCUCUAAGAAAGCAUUCUCACAUUCAUGGAGAUAGACAAUACGUGUGUCAUUAUGAGAAUUGUGGAAAGAAAUUCUUGGAUAGCUCAAAGUUAAAGAGACAUUUUCUUAUUCAUACGGGUGAGCGAGAUUUUGUUUGUCCUCAUGAAGGUUGUGGUAAGGCAUUCUCGCUGGAUUUCAAUUUACGGUCACACAUGAAAACUCAUUCGCAAGAAAAUUAUCAUAUGUGUCCGUACCCUGGAUGUGGAAAGAGAUAUGCUCAUGAAUACAAGCUAAAGAAUCACAUGACGUCUCACCAUGAAAAGCAGUACAACAAUAGCACGAUGGUAGAGGCACCCGUCAAGUAUAACCACGUUCAACCCAUAGAAAAACAGCCCCAAAAGUCAACAAAAGCUUUGACCACAUCGUACGCCUCUGCAUCAUCCGUUCGUCCAUACGCUUGUCCAUAUGAAGGAUGUGAGAAAGCUUACAUUCAUGAAUACAAACUAAAUCUUCAUUUAAAAAGAGAACAUCCGGGCCAUUUUCCAGAAGAAAAUACCAAAAAUGCCCACGAAAACGAAAUGGAUGCAGGUAGUGAUCAUGACGUACAUGUGGUAAAACGAGCCAACGUUAAAUCACAUAAACAUAACCGACCCAACCCGGAUUAUAAACUACCACAAGCUAAAGUUAUAAAACAAAAGACCCCGUUUGUUAAUCGUGUUUCAACGAGCGUGGUUAACAAGCAACCGUGGGCCGUGGGUAAAGAUUUGCGUGAGGAAGAAGAUAGUGAAGAAACUGAAGAAGAUCGCGAUGAUGGUGAAGCUCAAUGGGGUUAUGGAAAUAUUAAUAACUAUGAAGAUGAUGAAGAGACUGAGUAUGAGGAUUAGGGUUUCUGAUUUUUAAGAUUUGUUUGAAUUUUAAUCUGUAGAAAAUAGAGCGAACCAUUUAUGUUUAGGGACUGUUGAUUUCAAGGUUGUUAAGUACUAAUGAAAACAACUCGCUUAUCCGAUUGAUUGGAUGUCGUUUUACGGUGA